GAUUCUCAGAACCUUCUAGCGAUAUAAAUCUCAAUUUCAAUUCUCUCUCUCUCCAAUCUCUUGCGUUUCGAAGCUCGAUCGUAUUAUCUAUCGGCCAUGGCCUCGCAAGCCAGCCUUCUCCUCCAGAAACAACUCAAAGAUCUCUGUAAGCAUCCUGUUGAUGGAUUCUCUGCUGGCCUCGUUGAUGAGAAGAAUAUAUUCGAAUGGAGCGUCACCAUUAUCGGACCCCCAGAUACUCUCUAUGAAGGAGGAUUCUUUAACGCCGUUAUGACCUUCCCGCAAAAUUACCCGAAUAGCCCACCAACGGUGAGGUUUACUUCAGAUAUGUGGCAUCCUAAUGUUUAUUCUGAUGGCCGUGUUUGCAUAUCUAUACUUCAUCCUCCCGGUGAUGAUCCAAGCGGUUAUGAGCUUGCAAGCGAGCGCUGGACCCCUGUUCAUACAGUAGAAAGUAUUGUGUUGAGUAUUAUAUCGAUGCUUUCUGGUCCCAACGAUGAGUCUCCAGCAAAUGUUGAAGCUGCUAAAGAGUGGCGAGAGAAGAGAGACGAGUUCAAGAAGAAAGUGAGCCGCUGUGUCAGAAAGUCUCAAGAAAUGUUGUGAUCAACUUCAAAACUUCACAUCUCUGAGAUCUCUGGAGCUUCAUCAAAGUUCUUCUUCAUAUUCCUUAUCUGAAAACCCUUCAAAACAGUCCAAACUCAACUUGUUAUCAGGCCGUGCCUAUGGGUAUAGAGAAGAAAACAUUGGCCUACGGGCCCGAUUUCUAAUAAAUUCAAUUUUUAAAGGAUCUAUUUGAUUAAUUAUUAGCUUUUAAUUUGUGUUGAUUAAAACGUAAGUCAUACUCUAGUUUGGUUGGUGUUAACCAAAAGUAAGUCUUACUCAUUGGACAAUGAGUUUGUUGAAA